AUGAGCUUCAGUCUGGCUGCCGAUCUUGCCUACCACACCAAGAAGAAACACUCAGAGGGUAGGACACACUCACAGACUGAGUCACUCACUAGCACCAGAUUGAAGAGCUGUAACAGCUCUCAAAUCUCAGGAUAUACAAAGCAAGACAGUUUCUCAAAAAACUCAAACAAAUGUGUUUGUGUAAUGUGUGGGUUUUUAGGUAAAAUGUAUUUGUGUCAGUACUGCGAGGCUCUGUUUGCCCAGUCAAUUGAGCUGACGCGUCACGUGAGCACACAGCGGAGACAAACCGUACGUGUGCAGGGAGUGUGGCAAAGUCUUCAGCCAGGCCAACGGGCUCUCUGCUCACCUACAGACCUCUCACAUACUCCUUUUUAUACUCCUACAAAGACAGAUUUAUUUCUAAGUUAGAAACGACACAGAGAACAUUUUUUCAUUUCUCUCAAUCGGUCUUCGUUUUCACCCUCCUCUCUCACUCCCCUCUCCCUCCUCUCCUCACUCUCUCUCUCUCUCUCGCCCCGCGUCCGCCUCCUCGUCUUAGCUCGUCUACUGCUCUCACGCCUCUCUCUCUACCUCUCCUGCCUCUCAUACGAGUCUCAUCUGCUCCACUCCACUGCCCGCAUCCGCUCAUCUCUCCAGCUGCAGCUGCUCCUCGCCUCCACUCGCUCUCCGCCCGACCCCCUGCCCUCAUACGCCACUCCUAGUCUCUCGGCUCUCCCUCGUCUCCUCUUCACGCCUCCUCAUAGACUCGAUCAGACGCAUGCCGCCAACCUACUCCGCCACCUCCCACGUCCUACUACUAAGCACGACUGCGCACCAGCUCUUCGCACUAAUCAUGCACGGCGGCAUCCGGCAACGCAUGCAGAGAUGACCGCCGACUCACCCAGAGCGCCACUGCUCCGUCCGACCGGACACUCCGCCGCAUCUCCCCCACCCUACUCACACCGUACCCCACUCGCCAGCCCUCCUCCUCUAUCGACUGCUUUCUCACACACUUCCUAUGCCCCCCUUAUUUUCAUCGUCUCUAUUACAGAUACUUGUUCUCAAACACACAUUGGCCUAUAGCACACACACCUUUAUUUUCAUGCUUUACUAUUAAAGGAUGAGUUGGUAAAGCAUGGCGCUUGCAACGCAAGGAUAAUGGGUUCAAUUCCCGGGACCACCCAUAUGUAAAAUGUAUUUUUCUUUUAUUUAACUAGGCAAGUCAGUUAAGAACCAAUUCUUAUUUACAAUGAUGGCCUACCCCGGCCAAACCCUCCCCUAACCCGGACGACACUGGGCCAAUUGUGCACCGCCCUUUGGGACUGUAGUGAUACAUCCCGGGAUCGAACCCGGGUCUGUAGUGACGCCUUACACCGCUGCGCCGCUCAGGAUCCCAAAAUCCAUCAGGAUCCAAAUGUAUGCACGCAUGACUUAAAGUUGCUUUGGAUAAAAGUGUCUGCUAAGUGGCAUAUACUAUAUAUUACUUAUUAUAUCUCUCUGUCCACAGCAAAUGUCGAGGCUGUGGUACCAUAACCGUACUAACCACCCGGAGGUGUUUGCAGGACAGACCCACCGACAGGGGAGAGACCCAGGAAAGGCCCAUGCUUCCAGGCCUAGCCUGUCCAUGCUAUUGCAUUACAACCACCCCCAUAUUAGCUUGGGCACACAACUGCCGUAAUAUCUUAUUUUUUGUUAUUCUCAAAUUAGUGUUGUGCAUCCCUGUUGUAAGGAAUAUACUAUUUUUGGAUUUCAUCUCAAAUAAUGUAUUUGUAUUUUGUGUAUUAUGGAUUCCUUUCAUUCCCUUGUGCCUCCUAAAGGCAUGUUUGAUUCUGACGGGAUGCUGGUGGGGAAUCCAGACCUGCCAUCAGGUAAAAGCUGUGAGGAUGUAAUACUGCUAUACUCCUAACAUACAGUUCAAUCUGUCUGUGGCCGUGUCUGCUCUGUGUGCAUGUGUAUUGAGCUCCUCUCCCCUGUAUCCUCUGACUCCUCAGUGGUGAAGUGCCUGUACUGCCCAGCCCUCUUCCCCUGCGAGCCUGAAAUGUAGGAGCAUGCCAGCACCGAGCAUUUCAGCCAGGAGGGGGCAGCAUUCGGCUGCUCUCUCUGCCCGCUGGUCUGCCCCUGCCAGCUGCAGCUCCAGAAGCCCUUCCUCUCCUGCCACAUAGGGACGAUAGAGGAGCAGGAGCAGACCACCUCCCAGACGGUAAGGCUACAUCCUAAGUCAAUCCCUAAACUCUACCCCCUUUGCACUUCCGAAGGGAUUGAAUAGGGGUAAUGGCUCCAUCUAUCCCUCUGAUAGACUAAGUAUAAUUCUUCACCAUAUAGAGCCCCACAGUGGAGGUUUCAUAAUACCCAUAAAACCCAGUGGUCAACCAGGGAAAUGGUUCUAAUCGUUUUUCCACCAUUCAUUUUUCUCAUAGAGGACUUUAGAAACACUUAAAAUAAUGUCUGUGUUUCGUGUAGGCUUACCCUGGUGUAACGUUUUGAUAACCGUGUAAAUUUCUCUCGGACAAGGUGACUUUUAUCAAUAUAUUCGGCUCUAUUUACUCUCAGAUUCGAAAAUGCUAAUUGGCAUCAAAGUAGACAUCAUGCAAAACCACAAAUCCUUGCAAGCUCCUGCACAUCAUCUCUAGCUGACACCUUUGCUAGCAUGUAUUGUAUCAAUUUAAACUUGCACAAGACAGUUCACAGAAUUGCCCAUUUAAAGAAAUGUAGCCAAUUUAUUCAUUACUACAUUAAACUAACAUUAGAUAGUUUAUUCUUUUUUUUUUUUUUUUUUUUAGGGGGAAUCCAGAGAUUCUUAGCUUUGCCUCGAUUCGGCAGUCUCGUCCAGAACAUCAUGGCAUUCGUUGUUCUUUAUGAUAGCCACAUUAGCAGCUAAUCAGUAUUUCAUUUUUGGGGUGUAAAUACAGGCGAAUAUAUUGAUAAAAGUCACCUUGUCCGAGAGAGAUUUACACGGUUAUCAAAACGUCACGCCAGGGUAAGCCUACACGAAACAUUUCCCUAUUUGACCGCUAGGUUUUAUGGGUAUUAUGACUCAUACUGUGGGACUCUAUUGCGUAUAAUGUCCAAAGCAACUUACAGUCAAACGUGUAUAUAUUUUUUUACAUAUGGGUGGUUCCAGGAAUCGAACGCACUAUCCUUGUGCUGCAUGCGCCAUGCUCUACCAACUGCACUACAGAGGACUACAACACCUAUCCAAUCCUGUCAGAUCUACACUAUUGAAUAGAGGUUGGGACGACGGGGGGUGGCUUUGGCUCUAGGCACUCCUAUAUGUUUUCUCCUAUCUCAUACAGUAUAUCUAUGUUAGUAACUAUGGCAAGACAGUGAAAUGUGAUUGACAUUUCAUUCCUCCUAUCAGGUGAUUGAGACAGAGGAGGACACUGCUGGUGGGGCGGAACAA